AUGAAUAGCAUGCAAGGCAUCUUGCACAAGACGAGUCUCACAGCGGCAAAUGAUGCGCGUUCAACAACGUUCACCACUGUCACCUCCCACGCCGGGCAAAAGAGAAGCUGGUCCGCGAGUGAUACUCCCAGCAAUCAGCAGGGUACCAGUAGAGGCCCAGUCCAGUUCAAGAGGGCUUCGACGGCGUCAAGCGCUGCCCGGAGGCUUUCUGCCAGCCCAAUCGUAAACUUAGAGACACCCGAGGAGGGCCCAUCGGAAUGGACUCAGCGUGUUGCAAUUUCAGCCACGCCAACGUCUGACCAUGACCCCGAGCUCAGUCUCGCCCACCCGCUUUAUGGGCUGCCACCCCGUCUUGUGCAGAACUUUGCUUCCCUUGGAAUCAAGCAAAUAUACCCAUGGCAGAAAAACUGCCUAAAGGGACCCCAGCUCCUAGGCGGCUCUAAAAAUCUUGUAUAUUGUGCGCCCACUGGCGGAGGCAAAUCCUUGGUAGCUGAUGUCUUGAUGCUGAAACGAAUCAUAAACAACAAAACUGCAAAGGCAUUGCUUGUGCUUCCAUACGUGGCCCUGGUUCAGGAGAAAGUUCGCUGGCUUCGCGGUGUCGUCCAGGGAUUGUCGUUUGAUGAGAACUCCCCUGAGAGUAGUCAGAAUCCAUUACACGGGAAGCGUUGGGCCGACGAUGACAACAUCCGAGUUGUCGGCUUCUUCGGUGGAGGCAAGAUCAGGGCUACCUGGAAUGACUUCGAUAUUGGGGUUUGCACGUUGGAAAAGGCUAACUCGCUUAUUAAUACGGCCAUCGAUGAUUGCUCGAUUUCACAACUUCGAGCGGUUGUGCUGGAUGAGCUUCAUAUGAUCGAUGAUGGCCAUCGAGGCUAUUUGCUUGAACUCAUGACAACCAAACUACUGAGUUUGGAACAGCGUGUCCAGAUAAUAGCCAUGAGCGCGACUCUGCCUAAUCUUGAUAUUAUCGCUAAGUGGCUCAACGCGUACUCAUAUGAGACGAAAUACCGACCAGUACCCAUUCACGAGCACCUAGUGUGCGAAGGAAGCAUCUAUCCCGCCGCAAGCACGCAAAGUCUUCUCAAAACAGCGUCUAGUCUAAAAAGUCAGCGCUCAAUGGAAGAUAAACUUUCAGUGAUGAGAAGAAUUGAGCCUUCAGAGCACAAAGAACUCACUGAAUCAGUCCUGAACUCAGUCGUCUCUCUUGCUUAUGAGACUGCCUCGGCAGGUCAUGGAGUACUGGUCUUUGCUGGUAGUCGCAGCUCCUGCGAAUCGGAUGCUCGCUGGAUCAGUCGGGUGAUGCCACAGCCACACGAGAUCGGCCCAGAGCUUCUUGAAAAAAGAACAGAAUUGCUAGAGGACCUGCGCAGUCUCUCGACUGGAUUAGAUCCGGUACUGGGGGAAACAGUGUUGCAAGGUGUUGCAUUCCACCAGGAGAGAGAGCUCGUAGCCGCUGCAUACGACUCAGGUGCAAUCCUCGUCUGUGUUGCUACAUGCAGCCUUGCUGCUGGUAUCAAUCUACCAGCUCGAAGAGUAAUACUUCACAAUGCCCGCAUGGGGCGGGACUUCGUUGGUCCGGCCCUUCUGCGCCAGAUGAGGGGACGUGCUGGCAGGCAAGGCAAGGCACCUGUUGGAGAGACUUAUCUGUGUUGUCGUGAGGGCGACCUAGAACAGGUAGUAGAACUCAUGCAUGCCGAUUUACCAGAAGUGAUCAGCUGCCUCAACAAUGAGAACCGUCGUUUUCACAGGGCACUUCUGGAAGUCAUCUCAGUCAGGCUUGCUACAAGUCACGAAUCUAUUCGGGAACACUUUCAAAAGUCCCUCUUACGAUAUACUCAUGGGAUUGAACACAUUGAUAAACUAUUAGAUACCGGCCUCAAGGAAGUUACUGAACUCGAAUUUGUUGUAAAGGAUGGGUAUGGAGGUUAUUCAGCGACACAGCUUGGCAAAGCCGUUGUGGCUUCCGCAUUAGACCCUGACGAUGGUGUCUUCAUCUAUGAGGAGCUCAGUAGGGCACUAAAGGCUUUCGUAAUGGAUGGAGACAUGCAUAUUCUAUACACAUUCACCCCUGUGCAAGACUUUGCCGCAGCUGUUAACUGGCAAGUCUUCAGAGACGAGAUGGGAUCUCUCGAUGACAGUGGAUUUCGUGUCCUCCGCAUUCUGGGGAUCCAGCCGGCCACCAUCAUUCGACUGCAAGUACUUCCCAUGGCACAAGGUGCGACAAUGAAAGAAACCACGCCGGAAGAAAAGAAGCAAGCCAAAAUAUACCGCCGCUUCUACUUUGCCUUGCAGCUGCGCGACCUGUGCAACGAGGUUCCGGUCCACGUCGUCGCACAAAAGUACGAGGUACCUCGGGGGACCGUCCAGAACCUCUCACAGACCUGCCAGGGCUUCGCGGCGGGGAUGAUCAAGUUUUGCGAGCAAAUGGGCUGGGGGAUCCUGGCGGCCACUCUGGACCACUUCUCUGACAGGCUGAUGGCCGGCGCCCGAGCAGACUUGCUGGAGCUGGCCAAGAUCCCCUUCGUCAAGAGCCGGACAGCCCGUGUCUUCUGGGAGAGCGGGUUCCGCACGGUUGGCGCAAUCGCCAACGCUGAUCCGUCUGAGCUGGUGCCGGUUCUGCUGCAGGCCCAGCCACACAAGCUGCGUCAGAAGGGCAAGGAUAACAAGAAGUAUGAGGAGAAGCUGCUAGCCAAGGCGGAGGUGAUAUCGAGUGCAGCCAAUAGAUUGUGGCAAGCCCAGACGCAGGCAGAAAUAGACUUUGGGCUGGAGUAG